AUGGCUUAUGGAGACAGAAGUUCAUCAGGACCGUCGAUCUUGGAUUCGUUCUCGCUCUCGCCUCUACCUUACCCUGUCCUUUUAAUCCUAGCCGUUGCUUCGGUGUUCUUGUUGACUUCUUGGUACUUUAGCUUCGAAGAUGCAGCCGAAUCCGCAGGAGAGCAGCUGAAUCUUGCUCUUCUCUUGAUCCCUCUGAUUCUUAUAGUCUUGGUCCGGUGGUUAUCUUCUUUGGAGAAUCCAGACGCGUUUCUUGGGAUGUUUUCGAACCGUCGUCAGGUUUAUUACAGGAGUCCCGGCGCCGGAGACGACGGUGGAAGCUCGCCGUGGGGAGUGGCGGCUUUGAUAGUUUUACUGCUUGUUUUGCUUCAGUAUCAGUCAAGUUUCUUGGAGAUGUGGUUUGGUUGA